GCCAGAAGCGGGCAUCUAAGCGAGGAGAACAGCAAGGAUUCAAUAACAGAGGAGCAGAGGUGAAACAAGACAAAACUGAACGGAGACCAUCUGUUAGGGAAUACCGUUCCCGUGGAACAGAAAGACAAGUGGAGUUUACAGUGGAAAGGUAUGUGUCAUACAGGGAGAAACCAAUUGAAAGAUUAGACUGUGAAAGGCCAAUAAGAGGUCGUGGUGGAGGAAGAGGCGGAAUGCAAGGUAGAGGAAGAGGUGGUGGAAUAAAUCGGAGUUUCGAUGGCUUUGACCAAAGAGGAAGAUGGGAAUUUGAAAGACAAAGUGGGAAUGAUAAAACAGGAAUGAAAGCAGACGACAAAAAGGGUGGAGGUGGAGCUCGCAACUGGGUAACAGUUAAAGAUGAUACAAGUGUCAUGGAACAGACUGCUCCUAUGGAAGAGACUGCAGAAACAACUGAGCAGCCAGAGGCAUCUGAAGGAGAGGCUCUGAACAAAGUUGCUGAAGGAGAGCCAAAUGAAGAAAUAGUUCAAGAAAUGACCUUAGAUGAGUGGAAAAAUCUUCAGCAACAGAAUCGACCAAAGCCUGAAUUCAACAUCCGGAAGCCAGAAUCCACUGUUCCUUCCAAAGCAGUGGUGAUUCACAAGUCAAAAUAUAGCGAUGAUUUGCAAAAAGAAGACUUUGAAGACGAUUCUUAUGUCUUUCGAAGACCAGUGAAUGACAUAACAUCUCAGCUGGAUAUUAAUUUUGGAAGUCUUCCUCGCCCUGGCCGUGGAUCUAGAGGAGCACGGGGUGGUCGUGGUCGUGGCAGACGAGUUGAGGAGACAGGACUUCAACCACAAGUAGUGGUGCAGCUUGUUGCUCCAAAUCCUGAUGAUCCUGAGGAUUUUCCAGCUUUAGCUUGAAGAACCAUCAUGAAUGGUGGUAUCUCAAAGUAGCUUUCGUGUAGCUGUGAUGAGACCAGUUUUAUGCUGGUGUG